CCUCUUUUGUCACUCCGGCCAAAUGCUGAGGAGGGACAGUCACGAUUGGUGGUUUUCGGUUGUUACAGAUUGUACGCUCCGAGGGGUCUUUCCGGAAGUGCUACACCAACAUCUGAAAGGCAAAAAGCACCACCGGCUGGAAAGUGUCCAUUGUAAUGCCAUCGAUCACAGGCGGAUUGUCCUACUGCUGGAAAACUUCCCCGCUGGACAGAGAUUAGUUCAACACCGCCGUCGAAAGAUUCAAAACCCCGAUGGUUUUCACUUCAAUCAUUUAUAGGAUAGUCUUUCUUUCUUUCUUUCUACAGUUUUGCUCUCUCUCUCUCUCUCAAUGGUUCCUGAGUUUUUCGACAUCGCCAUUUGGAAAUAUGACACCGUCGUUGGAAAGCGGAUGUGAAGCCUGUCGUAAUGAACAGAUGAUUUUAUUCAGCUAAGUUAUGUUCACCAUAUAUAAUCACCUUUUAUUUUAGAAUUCUGUUGAUUUUUGUUCAAUCGAUCGUUAUUUUCCAAAUCAUAUUGCAUGUGAGAAAAACAUAAACAGCCGUAUUAUCAUUAUAAGCUAUUAUAUUGUAUUUAUCCUGAUAUGAUUUCAGUAUCUUGUCUUUUUGUACAUGUUUCUGUUUCGGUAACGGGAAAUAUGCCUGCGUAUGUUGUCUAAUGUUUGAUUUCUCUAUGUGACAAAAUAAAAUAAAAAAUACAAAACAGUGGAACAUUGAGUCCUGAAUAUAAAGGGCUGAUGCCGCGGGGGGAAACGGUUUGUGUAACAGUGCUGUCGAAAGGUGAAGGAUAACCGUCUUUUCUCGGUCAUUAUGGUCUCCUGGGUCUUUAUAUUCCGGCCCGAGAUGAGGCUCCAAGCAGUGAGUGUCUCAUGUUGUGAGCGCAGAAUAGUCGAAGUUGCUGCUCCUUUUGCGCGUCGUCGCUCCUGGUCGCGCACAGUCACGUGUUGCAAUAUUUGUUUAUUAUGUACAACUCAAAUAGUUUAAAAUGCAAAUGAGAGGCGCUGUAUAAGGUGGACAUGGAGUAUUUGUGCCACAACACGAGGAAUCUAAGCGCAUUGUCUCAACAUUUCUUCAAACGAGUUCACCCGCUCAGAGCAGAGGAGGUGAAGUUACAACAAAUCCAUCUAUUAUACAGACAGGACUGUGAUUGCAGAUAAAAUGAGAAAGUCUGCUGCUAUGUGCUGUGCAGUUCCUGUCGAGCUGGGAGUGGCAUAACCCGCACGAUGGUGUAAGCUCAGCCCAUUCUGAAAAACACACGUCUUGGUUUUCAGAAAUACUUUCCCUGAAGUGAGGUUAGAUCUGUACUAAUCCAGUGUAGUGGGGACUGAGACGCCCAUAAAUGAAGCAUCCUGAUGUCAUUUUAGCAUAGCGACUUUUAGAAAGGAAUAAUUAAUUAGCGUAAACUACAAAAAACAAGCAAAAAACAAACAAAAAAACUAACUAUAAUUUCUGAACUGUACAUUUAUGAGGCGUUUUAUGGGCCUUUAGUCGCUUGGGACUCGAAACAGUGACCUCCCUUUGUCUAAUGGUAAAUCCGCCUCUCCAGUGCACUAAAUCGCGACCCAGAGGAAGAAGUGGCUCUCAGUGACUGGAGUUUCUCCCAGACAGUGCGGAGGGACAAAAUACCUCAGAUCAGGGAGUAUCAUGUAUAAUUUACAUUGAAUCCCUUUUUUUUCAUAAUCCGAAAAAUAUCCCGAAAAUAGUUGUAGUCUAUCUCCGAAAAAAAGCGGUCCAGUGGAAAUCAGUUCGCUUCUCAUUCACUUCCUCAUGGCGAUGGCGGACUGAUCAGCUGCCGCAGUGUCUUUCUAGCGGCAGAUCCGAAAUGUCCUCAUCCGCUUCCAGUCCGGGCUCAGAAAGAGAAAAGUUACUCAGCAACUGCCAGAAAUGGAGCAGGGCGGACAGGUCGGUUUAGAAAUAGAUUCAGCGAGCGGGCGGAGCCAACUACCUUUUAUGUCGGCCCUUUUAUGGUCAUCUACGUCAGUUUAACGCACAUCUUCCAGAGGGUUGGCAACCUUUGGUGCGAAAGGAGGAGCUGAUAUACCGGUAAUGUGCACCAUUCUCAGCGAUCAGUGUUCACUCAGGGAGACAGUGCACCACUGCACAUCAGUCAAACUCAUCUCAUCUCAUUAUCUCUAGCCGCUUUAUCCUGUUCUACAGGGUCGCAGGUAAGCUGGAGCCUAUCCCAGCUGACUACGGGCGAAAGGAGGAGCUGAUAUAAUGUGCACCAUUCUCAGCGAUCAGUGUUCACUCAGGGAGACAGUGCACCACUGCACAUCAGUCAAACUGCAAAACAAAUAAGAGACCGUGCACUGUAAAAAAAUCCAACUCGGAAAUUAGUUGCCUUAACUCAAAUAACUAAUUAACAAAGAAACUUAUAUGUCAUGGAAGUUGCCGUAACUCACAAAUGUGUUUUGCAUGUCUGUUUUAAGUCAAUGUUGAGAAAAAUUGAGCUUGAAAGUCUGGAAAAAUAAAAUAUGUACGUAAAUUGCAGCAACGUCUUUGCCAAGUUGACGCAACUUUUUUGAAAUAUGACUGAGCAUGCUCAGUAGGAGGCAACGUCCAAGAGGUCAGAAGAGCAAUGAAUCCACCGCAGCGCCAUUGCAAUCCACACCUCUUGUAACUUCGUUGUGAAUGGUGAUGCAGUGCAAAUUCUGUACAUUUUCACACCACAGCACAGAGACUCUUCUGAGACACCACAGAAUUCACCACGGUCAUAUGAGAACAACUGAGCAGCACAACAACCUGCUGGCAAAUAUCGACGGCAACAACAUUCUUUAUGGUGUGAAAGAAAAUGAUUCUGCGUGUGAAACUACCAGAAAACAGAGUGAAGAAGUUGCGAUUACCAGAGCUCCCCGACUCUGUGCAACGUUUAAAAGAAAUUCUCCAGGAAGAACUUCGGCUGAAAGAAAGAUUCCGUUUGCAGUAUGAGGAUCCAGAGUUCGGAAACGAACUAUGUGACUUAGAAGAUAUGUCAGAGCUCCCACCAGAGAAGGCAACGUUAAAAGUCAUUGAUGCUUCAAGCCCUGACCCAGAGGGAUCAGAUGUGUCAUUGUCUUCACUGGAUACUGCAUCACCUCCAAGCUCAUCUGAAUCCCCCAGAACAACUGUAAGAGCUGGUAGGCGGUCCUCUGCAUGGCCUUCUCCUUUUCCAAUACCAAGCUUCUCUUAUGAUGUUGAAUUGCGCCUUCAAAAGGCAAAUGGUAUCUACAACGACAAUGGUACUCUGCUCGACGUCACCAGAGACAUCAAGAGUGAAAUCCUUGAUAAAAUUGCACAAGCCAUGUUUGAGUUGACUGCAUAUCCAGACAGGUCAGAAAUAGAUUCUGUAGCAAUGGCUCUGGUCAACAAAUAUCCCUGUCUCCGUGAACCAGGCAGUGGAAAUGGGUGGAAUGGAUGGAGAAUGAGUAUUGCGUUCAAGAUUGGCAAUUACCGUCAAAAGCUGCGGAAUGCCGGCUGUGAAGAAGUUAAAGUAAAUGAAAGGAGGGGAAGCCGUGAAGAAGGUAGGCCCGGCUUAAAAAAAGCAAGGAGAGCUGAAGUUCAUUUCCUCCCUGACCAGCCCGCUGGACAAACUCAAGACGCUAUGGAAAAAGACAGAGAGGCACUGACAGCAGAGAUGGAAAAAAGGAGUCCGAACAUGACGUUUAUUAAUGACGCUAUGGAUCGUACGUUUCCCUUGAGGAGGAAGGAAAUAGUUGACCAGGAACCCGGUGUUGAUCUGGUGAAGCGCAGAUGGCCAGCACUUUUCAUGGAAUACCAGGUGAAUUGUGAAUUUCACAGAAUCACUAUGGUUGACCUGCAAAGAAAAUUCCUUGGUUUCCUGGAAACUCACACCCCUAAAAUCCUGAAGAUGUAUCGAACCAGAAGAACAGACUUCGGUGAGGAGAUGCAGAAACUCCUUGACUCGUUGGAUAAGGAGACAUCUGACAUCUCUGGACACAGAAAAGCUGUAGCCCUCAGAGGACUUCCGCUCUUUGUCAGGGAUUAUGGAGCAGAGAAGAUCCUGAAAACAUGCUUGAACACUGAUCCAGAAGAACAACACACCAAAAGUGUGAGAAUGGCAGUCCUGACUGUGGUCGAGGACGAUGGCGGGGCUACAGCUUCACCUCACGUGGAGGACUUCGCAAUAGUGCUUGAAGAAUGUGUGGAAGAAGUUGAUGGGGUUGUAUCGACUUGGAAUGACCACAGAGUCCGUCAAGUCCACAACUCUUGUUCACCUCAUGGACGUCCCUCCAUAUUACAUGCAGUCCCUCAGCUGUACGGAGGCAGAGACUAUUUGCAGAAUGUGGACCUGGAGAAAGUUGAAGUCUGCCUUGAAGAGUGUAUGUUCAAAGACUUUCCAUGUGAUGAGGAUGUGUUUCACAUUUGUGUGGACCUAAUGUCAGAGCAUAAUCUGUCAUUAACAAAUGUGUUUGAAACAGUUAACCUGUAUCUCACACUCAGACAGCUGAUAAACAAUGAUCUUGGUGUAAAUCAUUAAUUUUAUUGGACGCGGUCUUGUCACCCGUUGUAAGAUGAGAUAGUACUGUAUUCAAGCAUCCCGUAACAUCCACAACAAGAUACACAUGAUGUCAAGGUUGCCAUGGUCGUGGACACCUCAACAGGCACAGGCCAUUUCAGAGAUGUCUUUUUGUUUUUUCCUUUGCCCAUUUUAUUCACAAUUUGAAAUAUUGCAGUUUAACUGAUUGCCAAUUAAAAUGGUUUUUUUUUACUUGUAAUACCUGCUUUAAAAGAUGUAGCUUCUUAUUUUCACAUCAAAUGUAUUAGCAGUCAAGUUAUUUUGUUCUACCAUUCAACAUUUGCAAAUAUGAAUAAAAAUGCAAAAUCCUAACAA